ACUCUCAUUGGCUGCGGAACGUCUGUCCGCGGGAGCGGGCCUUUUGCAGGAGACCGGAAGUGGAGGAACUGAGAGGUGACCAGAAAUGGAGAGAAAAGUAAGCAGAAUCUGUCUUGCUUCUGAACCUGAUGUAAUUCAUUUUCUACAAGUGGCUUGGGAGAAAACAUUAGGAUCUGGUUUUGUUAUUACACUUACUGAUGGUCAGUCAGCAUGGACCGGGACAGUUUCUGAGUCAGAGAUUUCCCAAGAAGCCGAUGACAUGGCAUUGGAAAAAGAGAAAUAUGUUGAUGAACUGAGAAAAGCAUUGGUAUUAGGAGGAGGACCAGCUGAUGCAUACAAAUUUGAUUUUUCUAGAGAGUCUUGUCAUUUCUCCUUUGAGAAAAACCUGAAAGAUGUUUCAUUCAGACUUGGUUCCUUCAACCUGGAGAAAGUUGCAAGUCCAGCUGAGGUCAUUAGAAAACUUAUUUGUGAUUGCCUGGAUACUAUCACAGAAAACCAAGCCAAAAAUGAGCACCUGCAGAAGGAAAAUGAAAGGCUUCUGAGAGAUUGGAAUGAUGUUCAAGGACGAUUUGAAAAAUGUGUGAGUGCUAAGGAAGCUGUGGAGACUGAUCUUUAUAAACGGUUUAUUCUGGUGCUGAAUGAGAAGAAAGCGAAGAUUAGAAGCUUACAUAAAUUGUUAAAUGAAGUUCAAGAGCUAGAAAAGAACGUUGAGCCUGAAAGGGAAACCACAACAUGUUCUGAAAUGACUGCUGACAGAGAUGCAGUCUAUGAUGAAAGCACUGAUGAGGAAAGGGAAAACCUGCCUGAUUCCUCUGUGUUAGCUCCAGCUACUUUAAGAGGAGAUGAUUCCAUUAUUUCAAGUCCUGAUGUCACGGAUAUUGCACCAAGUAGAAAGAGGAGGCAGCGGAUGCAAAAGAAUCUUGGGACAGAACCUAAAAUGGCUUCUCAGGUACAUGGGCCUCAAGAAAAGGAGAAGCUUGAUCCUUCACCACCUGAGACGUCAAAAAAGGAGCACAGCUCAGCUGAAAACAUGUCUUUAGAAACUCUAAGAAACAGUAGUUCAGAAGACCUCUUUGAUGAGAUUUAACUGUCUCAAAAAGGUACUUUGAUGUUCACUAGACUAUGUUUUCUGUUCAUUUCUUUAAACUAAAAAAGCAAGAUUUCAACUCAGCAGCAGCUAUUACUGUACCUUACAAUUUAAUUACAUACACACUGAAUUGAAACCAUUGUGCAAAAUGGAUUAUACAUGUAUAUGAAGAUGUGAUUUGAUGACAGUGGUACAUUAUUCUAAACUAUUCAUUCACAUGCCUAUAAUUACAUAAAACCUCAGACUUUUUAUUGCAAAGGACACAUUUAUCUUAUUUAAUUCACACAUAUUAUAUGUGGUAGCUGUCUAACAUCCUGUCUAGGAAGAUUUUGGAAAUAGGACAAAGAAAAUGUCUACAGUUCAUUUUUGAAUAGUCAUAUUCUGAACAGUGAGCAUUUUAAUUUGUGAAGUGAUGUAUAAAAUUUAUUUUUAGUUUGUACACAAUCUCAAAACCUGAAGACAAAAUUGUUGAUGCAUUGAAGGUUUUGUGUUCCUAAUAAAAUA